CUAUGAGAGCAAGUUAUCGGCUGCCUCUUGUGCCCUUGUUGCUGCUGUGGGCCGUUUGCAGCGUGGUGCAAGUGCAGGCGGAGGUCAAGACGGUCAAGCUUUGUGGCCGAGAGUUCAUCCGGGCCAUAGUCUACACCUGCGGAGGCUCCAGGUGGAGAAGGCUGCUUACACCACAAAAUGAUGUAUUUUCUCUUGCAGACCAGAGCAGUGUUGAGGAGCUGAGUGAGAGCACAGGGUCCAAUCUGUCAACACGAGACCUGAACCCCAUGAUGACCAGCAUGUGUUGUCAGGUGGGCUGCCGAAAGAGUGACCUCUCUCUCCUGUGCUGAGGACCAGACACAAUCUCUUCACAAGUUCACAAGCUUGACAGUGUAUACAUGUGCAUGUACGUGUGUGUGUGUAUGAGAGACCGAUAUCUUCCAGGCAUUAUUUAAGAUGAGCUGUCUCUCUGUUCAUGGUAUUGAACAUAA